UUAUGCAUCGGAAACUUAACUAUUACUUUAGACAAAAAUUUCUGGCAACUCUGCGUUGGCGGAAGUUCAAGUUGUCUUUGUACUAAUGUCUAGUGUAGCUGUUAAGAAGAAAGUAUUAGUAUUAUAUUUGUGAAUCUGGCCAGCGCUAACUGGUGAUUUAUUACUGGGUUACUGUGUGCAAAUGAUGGAAGAUCUUAUUGAAGCAUUUGCUGUUUCUCAGGUUACUGUGCAGCCAAACUCCACGGCUACAGAACAUCCACAUUUUGCUUUAUACAAAGCAAAACAUAGUACAGUAAGCCAAGAAGAGAGGAGAAAGAAGUUUUUAGAGGCACAGAGAGUCAAACGGUAUGAUUAUGUUAGCCAUGCACGUAAAUUGGCCACUAAUGGUUUUAGUGAUGAAGAAGAAGAGGAAGAAAAUUCAGAAGAAAUGGAUGUAGAGGCAUAUGUAAAAAAACCUCCCAGGUCUUAUAAAAAUCAACUGAUGUAUUCAGAAUGGCUUGUUGAAAUACCCUCUGAUUUGGAAAGUCAGUGGUUCCUAAUGCUUUGCCCUGUCGGAAAGCGAUGCCUUGUUGUUUCAUCUGGGGGCAAUACAAAAGUAUUUACAAAAAGUGGAUACCGUGUGAAUACCUUUCCGUCACUGCUGCCCGGUGGGAAUAAAAGUGGUGGUGUGCGGCAUGCUUAUUGCCUUUUAGAUUGCAUUUUUAAUGAAAUAGAUAAGACAUAUUAUAUUUUAGAUGUAAUGUGUUGGAACUCACACCCUUGCUUUGAUUCUGAAACUGAAUUUCGAUUUUUUUGGAUAAAUUCAAAAAUUGAAGAAUCUGCUGAAGUGAAAGUUAUAUCUAAAAGGAAUCCUUAUAAAUUUAUACCUCUGCCAUUUGUCAAAUGUGAUACUGAUUCUAUUAAGAAUUUCCUAUGGUCUCCUUUACCAUUUUCAUGUAAGUUGGAUGGCCUUUUAUUCUACCAUAAAAGAACACAUUAUACUCCAGGGACAACACCUUUAGUUGGUUGGCUAAAAGCAUAUAUGGUACCAGAGUUACUGAAUAUUGAAAUUCCUGAAACAUUGUGCUCUGAAAAGCCGGUAUCUUAUGUUUCAAUGAGACAGCAUCUUCCACAAGCCUUUGAAAAACAUGAAGAAAGGAAGAAGGAAGAUGAAAAAAAUAUGCAAUAUGAAGAUGACUAAUAAUUUAACUUAUGUUAGUUUUAAAAUUAAUUUUUUAAGUGGACAUUUUUAUUGAAAGUUAAUUUGUGCAUGUGAUUUUAUUUUAAAAUCAAGUGUCAGGAUGAUUUUAUUGUUACAUUUCUCAUCAUAAUACAUAAGCAUUUCAUUAAAUGUUAUGUCACAAAUGCAUUAAUUUGUUUUAUGCUAUGUUUUGUUAAAAUAUGCUUAUGGAUAUAAAAAUUUAAAAACCUGUUCUUAUGUAUUUUCUAUUAAACCAAGUCCUUUGAAACAUGAGUGAGAAUUUUGCAUUGCAGAUAUAUGCUAACUAUGGUGCAUAAAUAUUUUUGUUGAUUACAAGUGUUAAAUAUUACAAGUGUUAAUAUUUUUAAAAAUUUACUGCUGUUUAUUAUUUUUGCUUGGAAUUUUUUUUUUAUUCUAAGUCAUCAUAGUCUUAUGCCCCCCAUCCAAAAAGACAUGCUUCUGCAUUCCACAGAAAGUAUUUGAUUAUUCUUUAACUGAACAUAUUUUGUAACUUGAUAGAAUCAUUCUGCUGCCUUUUCAUACACAGAAAUGCACUAAAUCUAUAUUUUAUUAACAUUUAGAUCAUAUAUGCUAAGCACUACAUCACUGUUUCUGGAUUUAAACAGACAAUUUUUUUUGUGACAUUGUAGAGCUGUAUUUAAUAAAUUUAGACAAUUUUAUGAUAGAGAAAUCCAUAUGUAAUGACUUGUAUGGUUAAUUCAUAAAGACAAAUUUUGAUAUACCUAACCUUUAUAAAUGAAAUCAAGUUUUGUUAGACUUAUAUGGGUAAUUCAUAAAAACAAAUUUUGAUAUAGCCUAACCUUUAUAAAUGAAAUCAAGUUUUGUUUGAUUCUUAAAAAUGAAAAUUAUUGUAUAGAAAUGUAAGAACUUUAUUAUUUGACUUGUUAGAUGUAUUUAAUUGUAGCACUUGGAAGAAAUAAAAAUUAAUGGGAAAUUUUCCAUACACAUCAUGAGAUUUUAAGAAAAUACCAAUGGACAGCUAUGAAGGAAAUUUUUGUUGACAUCCUGGAUAAAUAUCAUAGUGAUAAACUGAGCACUAGAUAAGUAGUAAAACAAAUGGAACCUUAAUUGUUUUUUCUUGCAUUUGGGAACUGUAUUACUAGUCAUGUAAAAUGUAAAUUAGUUGUAAUUUGUAUUGUGCUUAUUUUAAGUAAUAUGAAGUUAAAGUAUUAAGCCCUACUUUUAAAUGAUGCUUGGUUAUAUUGUAAAGCAAAGAAGAGUAUUCUUUCUUUUAAUUCUGAUGUUUUUUAAAAUGUGAAAUUUCUCAAAAUUUUUCAUGAUAAAUUAUCUAAUGUAUAUUUUGACUUUUCGCUAAAUGCAGAAAUUUUGUAUGCCGCUGGAAAAAAUAGUUGUUAGCAUUUUGUAAACUUCCAUUUACUAUCGUCCAAGCAAAUGGCAAAAUUUUAUACACAGAUAUAUAUGUAAAUUAGGAAAUAUUUAUAAGAAAUGUAAAAGUUUUCAUAACAUGUAUUCUUAUUGUUAUUAAUUACAUUUAUGUUUUCUACACAUAUUUUGUGAUACAUGUGUUUGAAACUACAGGCAGUGAUAUUUAUUUCAAGUAUGAGUAAUAAAGCAUAUAGAUUUUAACACAAAAUCAGAAAGAAAUGGAAUGAUUAUUUAUUUUAAUAGUAUAAUUAACUAAGCAACUAUAAUAAUCAUUUAUGACUGUAUAAUUAUUAAGAAAUUUCUUAUUUUUAGCGUGUAGUAAUGUACAGACAUUUACGCUCAAAGAUAUAUAUAAUAAUUAUUUAUUAUAAUCUUUUUAUAAAACAUGUAUAACAUUUUUUAUUUUAUCACAGGCCGUUUUCUAGAUUUUUAACCAUUAAGCAUGGGUCUAUAAAUCUUGCUCUUGCUAUCCAAAGGAGAACAGCUAGAGAGAAAAAUUGCUUCAACAGCUUCCUCUUCCUCCCUUUCAUAUAACUGACUGAUUUUUCUCCAAAGAAAUUACCCUUAGGGAACAUUAAAAUGGAGCAGUUGAACUCUAAAUACAAUAACCUUAGUCAAGAUAUCCACUGUGGGAGGCCAUCGACUGGCCAACAAAGCAUUGACAGAUGAAAAUACUUUUGAGAUUAAACACUUUUAAUCCACCUUUCAUGUGUUUACCGGUAUGUGUGUAAAUAUGUGGCCCUCCAGAUUUAAAUUCUUUUAAUACUAGUCAAUAUUUUCAGAAUAUCCUCUUUAUUUUCCAGAAUCCUAUUUGUGUCUUUUGUUCAUAACCUUGAAGAAUUUUUGGAUUCACUGUUAACAAUAGAAGGAAGCAUGACCUUUAUGAAGUCCACAUUUUGAUGUCCCUGAAUGUCACACUUAUGCAGAUCAGAGUCCAAGAAAUUAUUUCUUUCAUUGGAGACAGACAGUAUUCUUGUUUGAAAGGCUGGAUGAACAACCAGUCAGACAUGUCAAAACUUCAGUUCAAGGAGUGGUGAUUGGUAUUUUUAUCAUCUACAUCAGUUUGUGGUUGCUUACUCGUGAGUCACAUGGUGGUUUGAAUUCCCAGUUGCUAAUUUAUAUAUUGAUAAUAUGUUUAUUCUAAAGAAUUCAUCAAAAAUGUUAAUUCAUGUUUAGGAUAGAGUCGUAGAAAAGGAGCAUAAAUGUCAGAUGAUCAAAAUUAAGAACCUUUUGCAAAUUCUGAUUGUAAUUAAGGACCUUUAAGGAUUUUUAAAGAACAUAAUUUUGGUAUAGUUCAUUCAUAGCAUUAAUUUGUCACUUCACAUGAUAAACUGUCUAUAACAUCUACAUAAAUAUUGCUUUAUAAAAUACAAAAUUCUGUAGAUGUUACAUAUUAACAUUUGACAUCGAAAAUGAAAAAUUUGGUAAUGACUGAAAUAUCUGAAAAAUCUAUCAAGCAAUUUAGCUUCAAUCAUAUACUAUCAAGCAAUUUAGCUUCAAUCAUAUACUAUCAAGCAAUUUAGCUAUUUCAUCAAAUGACAUGGCUUGACUUUUCUGUGCUUCUCAGGAGAAAUGCUAGCAUAACUAGAUUCACAUCAUACAUUAAUUACUGUGUUAUUUAAUUUUAGAAACAGUACAGUAAACAAUUAAAACUAAUCGAGAACUGUGGAAAACUGCUUUACUGCAAUUAGUUUACUAAACUGAUGAAAUGUUUCAAGGAUGAACAGUAUCAUACAAAGAAUUUUAAGCAUAUACUUACACAACUAAUUUACCUCAAUCUUAGCACUCGAAAAUGGCUUGCAGGGUUAUUUCAUUAGCACAAUAUGUAUUACAAUUCACUUUUGAUUUAUCAUUGCAUCUGUUACCUUUCAUUCACUGCCAAUGAUACUGAGUAAAGUGUGCAAGUAUUUUUGUGUUGGUAAUUUUAAAUUUUAUAAUAAAUUUCAAGAUUAUUUUAUAAUAAUCUGUGUUGUGUAUGUAUGCUGUUUGCAUUAUGAAAAACUAAUGGCACCAAAUUUGGAACAAGCAUAUUCCUUUGCCCAGAAAUGUGCACCUCAAAACCUGAAUUUUUAAUAUCUUUAUUUUAGUUCUUUCAUAUUUUGUGUGAUAGUAAUUAAUUUAUGAUUAACAAUUCAGCAUUUUAAAAGGAAUGUGUUCCCAUUUUGCAAAAUGUAACAUAUUUAAUAAAAAAGAAGCUCUGUUUAGAAGCAGUACAUUGCCAUUCAAGGAUAUUGAACUUCUAAAUUUAAUCUGCCUGUUACUGAUCAUUAAAUUAAUUGAUUUAAAAGCAAUAUAAUGAAUUUAAAAAUA